GGCGGGGGGAUGGCACCGGCUUCGGGGGGAUGGCACCCGAUGGCCCGGGGCGAGGGACGGCGCUGCGCGGCCGUCGUGGCCGCAGCGGGCGGGCGGAGGAGGAGGAGGCGGGUGCCGCCGGGCUGCCCCGCGCUGAGGGGAGCCCCGGGGAGCGAGGGGCGCCGUGCCGGGGCCGGGCGGCGCGGGUGUUUGUGCUUCUCCGAGCCUCUCUCCCCGCCCCCGUCUCUCCCGCCCGACCCGCCGGGACCUCUCCUCUCCGGGCGGCAGCAGAGCCGCCUCGGGGCGGGCGGCGGCAGCGGUGCUGGUGGGGCGCUCUCGCCGUCCAGCCCGCCGGGAACAUGGCGACCGGCGGCUACCGCAGCGCCGGGGGCAGCACCACGGACUUUCUGGAGGAAUGGAAAGCCAAGCGGGAGAAGAUGCGGGCGAAGCAGGCACCGCCAGCCCCGGGCGCCCCGGGCGGGGGGGAGCCCCGUCCUGCGGGGGGCGGCCCCUCGGCCGAGCUGAACAACAACAGCACCAGCCUGCCCCCCGAGCGCGCUGUGCCCCCCGCCGGCGGGGCGCUGAACUGCCUCGGCCUCGCCAGCGCCAGCCUGGGCCGCGCCGCCCCCGCCAAGGAGCCGCCGCCGGCACUCGCCGGGAGCCGCGGGGCCGAGCCCGCCGUCGCACCGGGCUCCCCCGAGGGCGAGGAGAAACUGGCCGCCAAGGGAAAGAGCUCGGGCCCCAGCUCCAGGAAGGGGAAGGGGCAGAUCGAGAAGAGGAAGCUGAGGGAGAAGAGGAGGUCGACAGGUGUGGUGAACAUCCCGGCCGCCGAGAGCCUUGAUGAGUAUGAAGAUGAUGAAGCAGGGCAGAAGGAACGGAAGAAAGAGGAUGCUAUUACUCAACAGAAUACGAUACAAAAUGAGAGUUCCAGUGCAGAUACCUCUUGCUCAUACUUACUCCAGGAUUCCUCCAGGAUGGUUUCAAGCAGGUAUAAAAGUACAGCUAAUGCACCAGAAGACGAUGCUCCAAAUAGAUAUUCCCGAACAGAGAGGACAGCUUACAGCAGAUAUAGCAGAGAUGCAAAUUCUUCUGGUAGUUCUCUACCAAGUAACACUUUGGAAAAGAGGAUUGAGGAACUUGAAAGGGAACUUGCAAAAGAAAGACAGGAAAAUGCAAGAUUAAUGAAGAUGGCGCAGGACAAAGAGGAACUAAUUGGAAAGCUGAAAGAAGAAAUUGAUUUAUUAAACAGAGAUCUAGAUGAUAUAGAAGAUGAAAAUGAACAAUUGAAGCAAGAAAAUAAAACACUCUUAAAAGUUGUUGGACAGCUGACAAGGUAGAAGAUUCAGGCGUCAAUAAGGAAAGAUUUUAAAAACUACUGAUUGAACAUUAAGGUCAAUAUAGUAAUAUUUCCUGUGUUGCAGUAUGUUAGAAUAACUGUCUUUGUAUUUAUUGUUAGGAAACCAGAUGAAUGUUUAUUUUCAUAGUGCUUUCUCCUUUGUUCAAUGAAAUGGCAUAAAAUUUGGGGUGUAUUUUUAGCUUUCUUUUCACAUAAACAUAGCUAAAAAUUUUGACAUGUUUCAAAUGUUAAGUUCAAAAAUAUUUGGAUUUUGUAUCUUCAGAUUACAGCUGCAUGAAUUACAGUAAUCUAAAAUUCACAGCACCAAGAUCACUUUCAGUCCAUGUGGGUGUAUAUUUUUGAAAUGAAUGGAAGCAAUACAUAUAAGCUUUGUUUACACAGAUUCAAAAUAUAUAUUUUGGGAAAUGCUUCCUUUUUUUGUUCAAACAGCUGUAAAGUGGAUGCCUUAUUACUGAUGUAUAACAUUUGCAGAUUGAUGACUUUCUCUAGAAUUCUCGUAUGUUGAGUUUUUUUACUGUGUCUGAAAGAUUGACAAUAGUAGAGAGUAGCAAUUUUUUUUCCUGUGUUUAACAGUAUUCUGUCAGAAGGGGAAGGUUUUACUAAAAACCAACAAAACAAACAAGUGCAAAACAACACAAAGCCAAAUAAAUCACCUCUGCUAUCAGCAUUAAUAAGUUGUUAGAAUCACAUUGAAGUUGUGCACUGCAGUUUAUUUUAUGGCUUUUGCUUUAGCAAUGAAAAGCAAGUUUGCAAUCAGACAGUUAGUUUGCUGUGUUGAGAAUUCAAACAAAGCCUGGAUCUUUCAUUUUAGCAGACACUUCUUGUCAUCUUACAAUUUGUAGUGAUCAUAACCUGUACAAGUUCUUGGAUUUUUUUUUUUAAGCUGAGUGAGAAUUUUUUUAUACAUGACGAAGUAGGGGGGAAUACUAGUGAUUUGUGCCUUUUUGAAAAAUCAAAUGGUAUACAAACCCCAUUUUUGUCCUUGAUUUUAAGCUAACAAGUUUAAAAAGUGCCUGGUUAGAUGUUAAAAUAUGACUCUGUGUGGAUUAUUCUAUAACAUGAUAGCUGACAAAAUUUUCCUUAUACUUUAACCACAGACCUCAGUUAACAUUUAGACUGAAAAUUAUUUGUACUUUAUUUCAACUUAAUACAGCACAUUUUUCAUUCUUGGUCAGAUUAAAUGUACAUGUCCUUUGAGGAAAGAUUAGAAAUUACAACAUUUCAAAGAGUCCAAGCUUUUUCUGGACUAUUUUGAAGUUUGGUGUCAGAGAGUUACAUGCAUAUAUUUUUUGUUACCUUAAAGGCAACUUUAAUAUAACAAUAUAACAGUAUUGUUAUAUUAAUAUAUAUGUGAAAUAUAUAUAACAAUUACUUUUUCAGAUUUGCCAGUUGUUUUCAUAAUGUGCAUUUAAUGACAGUGUUUCUUAAAUUUAAAAUCCAGCUAUUAUUGUUAUACUUUGGAUUGUUUUGGAUAUAGGAUAGGCUAUUUUGCAUUUGUGCAUUCUGAUGAGGAAAAACUUUUCAAAGCUUUAAAGUGUUUUUCAACACACUUAUAGUCCUGGAUGCCUCACUGUUUUCCUUCAUAGUGGAUGAGAUCCCAUGGAACACCAUUUAAAACCUUUACUCAGGGGGUUAAAUGGUAUAGGGGGUUUGUAUAAGCCCUUUGAACUACAAUAUACACCAAUGAGUGUUGCUUGUAAUAUUGUUAAAACAGUAAGAGGUCCCUUAAUUUAUAAGUUCCAGGAAAUUAAGCAUUUAAAGACAUAAUAAAGUCACUUGAAAUGUAUGCCUUUUGAAUAAAUAUGAAACUUUCUCUGGAAGAAGAUGUGAUUUCCUUCUCUGUGUACUCGGUAGGAAAUACAUGUGCCCUUGUGCUGCAUGGGAUGUCAAACGUAUUGGAGCAUGGCUAAGGACGUACUGCAGUACACACAGAUCUCAAUAUGAAGUUGCAAAUGAGAUGUUUCAUAAAAUGUGUUUCAUGUACAUUUUAAACCAAAGAAAAAUAGCAACAAAGAACAUAAACAAGAGUUACUUAUCUUCAUAUUACCUCUUCUUGGCAGCAGUAAUGCCAGAAUUAUUUUUUUUUAACUUGUACAUAAAACUGACAGAAGUAUUUGGCAGAAUUUGUGGAUUUCCAAUGUAACUGUUCUUGUUCAGGGCUAGUUGUGAUUUUUCUACCCUGGAAAAGUUGUAGUAGUUGAGUUUUCCUCUGAAAACAGUCUCAUAAUCAUUAUGCAGAGUGAUUUUUUAAAAAUAUCCAUUUUAUGUGUUAAAAAAUUUAAACAUCGUUAACCUAUGAGUAACUGAAUAUACAUUUUAGUUUUGAACAUUGACUAGUUGGGGUGAUACUUGUUAUCAGAUUAAAAAAAUUAUUUUGAGAUUCUUCUACUGCAGGUAAAAGAUAUGUGUUUAAUAAUAAAGAUUGUUUGCCUUUGUUCAAAUAAAACAAAAUUCUUUUU